AUGGUUAAGGCCAAGACUUGGAUUCUAAAGAAACACUUUGAGGGCUUUCCUAAGGAGAGUGACUUUGAACUGAAAGUGGUGGACCUGCCUGAACCACGAGAUGGAGAGGUCCUACUGGAAGCACAGUUCCUCAGCCUGGAUCCUUACCAGAGGGGGUUCAGUAAAAUGUUUAUCAAAGAAGGGGAUGUUCAGUACGGAGGUCAGGUCGCCAAGGUGAUCCAGAGUCAAAACAAGGCUUUCCCUGUCGGACGCCAUGUAUUUGUACACAGUGGAUGGAGGACUCACACCCUGUCUGAUGGAUCAGACCUCACUAAGCUUCCGCCCAACUGGCCAAAGGAUGUUCCCCUUUCCAUGGCUCUGGGAGCCAUUGGAAUGCCAGGGUUGACCGCUCUGUACGGUUUAGAGGAAGUUCUCCAGAUCAAGGCUGGUGAAACAGUCCUGGUCAGUGCAGCAGCCGGAGCGGUUGGAGCAGUGGUUGGUCAGAUCUGUAAGAUCAAAGGCUGUAAGGUGGUUGGGUCAGCUGGGAGUGAUGCUAAGGUGGCCUACCUGAAAGAGCUGGGCUUUGACGAGGCCUUUAACUACAAAACCGUCUCAUCGCUGGAGGAGGCUCUCAAGGCUGGCUCUCCUGAUGGAUACGACUGCUACUUUGAGAACGUGGCUGGUCCCUUCUUUACUGCUGCUCUCUCUCAGAUGAAGAAAGAGGGACGUAUUGCUGUGUGUGGAGCCAUUGCUGUGUACAACGACACCACCCCUCAGACAUGUCCUUUCCCUCACCUGAGCAUAAUAGCCAAGCACCUGACUUUAGAGGGUUUCACUGCAAAGAAAUGGAGGCACAAAGAUGAAGAGUCUCUCCAGAGACUGCUGACCUGGAUGAAAGAGGGAAAACUGAAGGCCCCAGAAGUUGUAACUGUCGGGUUUGAGAAGACGCCCGCCGCUUUCCUCCGAAUGCUGAGGGGAAAUGACAUUGGAAAACACAUAGUUAAAGCUGUUCGGUGCAGCGUUUUCGACAAUGCUCGUCAGAUCCACAGCCACUACAUUCCAAACCAGCAGGUGGCCUCAGUGAGUCAAAGUGGGUCAAAGUUGAACUGA